AUGGCCGCCUCAUGGCUCAAGCUCGUCGCUCUAGCCGUCCUCGUCGUCUCAGCCGUGGCUCGUAACAUCCCCCGAGCUGGAGCCUGUACUUCACUCAACAGGAGGAAGUCAUGGAACGCGUUGACGCGAGCUGAAAAGACCGAGUAUAUCCGGGCUGAACGAUGCUUGAUGAACCAUGCCCCCGUCGCGGGCAACGUCGCAGACGCAAGGAACCUCUGGGACGAACUGCACCAUUUGCAUAUCGGGCAAGGCCAAUAUGUCCACUACGUCGGCCACUUCCUCCCCUGGCAUCGCUACCUCGUGCGCGCGCAUGAAGUCCUCCUGCAGACGCUCUGCAACUACAACGGCGCGCAACCGUACUGGGACGAGCUCACGGACUACGAGGCUGGGCCGAUAGGACGGUCGUCCGUCUUCGACGCGCAGUUUGGGUUUGGGGGAAACGGGGUCGGCAGGAACCGCUGCAUCAACAACGGCCCCUUCAGAGGCCACACCCUGCACAUCCGAGCCGGCGAGGCCAACGCCGACUACUGCAUCAGCCGGCGAUUCAACCAGACCGCCUGGGCGUGGGCGAGCCGACAGAAUAUCGACGAGUGCUUCGCAGAACGCAAGUACACGGACGCCUGGUGGUGCUACAACCUGUACCCGCACUCGGCGGGGCAUGUCGCUGUUGGUGGCGUGGUGAGUCGCGACUCUGAGACACUAGCCCUCGCUGGCACCCUCCUCGUGUCGAUUACUGGUUCCGGGCAUUCGCUAACAGGAGUUUAA